CAUAUACAAAGUCUUUCUUUCCGUGUUCUGUUACUCCCUGUCUAUCUAGAGAAUGCUUUUUGGCAACUCGUACUCUUUUCUGGACUUCUCUAACUCCCACAGAAAGAAGGGAAGCUGGUCACAUUCCCAGCCUGUGUAAACAUUAGUGAUUAAUGCAAAUGGAAGGAGCAGUUUUUUGGUGAUAGUUUCCCUCCAGCUUGCUGCAUCUUUCACUAUCUCCCACUCGCAUGCACAGCCACAUUCAUUUUCCAACAGCAGCUCUCAACAGCAAAUGGAGUGAAUGAGGUCCAUAAGCAUUCUGGCUGUUAGUUUUGCAAACAGAGAUAAAGCAUUUUGUUUGAACUGUAGUCAGCAUCCCAGAUACGGAUAUCAAGGUUUUCACGGGUGAUUUCACUUGGAACACCAUGUUUGGACAAAGUGUCAUACUGCAGCCUGUCCCUAUCCAAAGUCUCUCUGAACUGGAGCGUGCCAGACUGCAGGAAGUGGCCUUCUUCCACCUUCAAGGGAAAAAUCUGGGCUGUCAGAUUACUGUUCCUAAAGAUGGGCCAAAAAGGAGAAAAUCUUUCCGGCGAAAGAAAGAUGCUCUUUCCAAGGAGAAAAAAGAUAAAGAAUCGUAUCCUUUAGGGUUUGGGAUUCCUUUAUCACAAGUCAUCCUCAAUGACCGUGCAUGUAAGAAAAAGCAAGACGCAAUGAAGGAAGGCCGCAGAGACUGCCUUGACUUGGAGUCAACAGUAAUGAGAUUUCGGGCUGAGAAGCAACAUAAACAUUUAUAUGACAGUGAUGCAUUCCUGUCAGAAAUAGUAAAUGAACCCCUCUCUCCAACUUUUCUGGAUAAUCUUUCUCGAGGCCACAGACGGGGUGCGGUGUCUGUUGACUCCAUCACUGACCUAGACGACAACCAGUCACGGUUGCUGGAAGCCCUUCAGCUCUCUCUGCCUUUGGAACUGGAAAGGAAAAGUGUAAGAAAGGCUAAAAAGAAGCUCAGCCUGAACCCCAUAUUCCGGCAGGUCCCCAGAAUAGUGCAGCAAUGCUGUCAGCAUAUUGAAAAAUAUGGUCUUCAAACAGUUGGUAUUUUCCGAGUUGGAAGUUCCAAGAAAAGAGUUCGACAGCUGCGAGAUGAUUUUGAUCAAGGUCUGCAAGUUGUUUUGGAUGAAGAACACAGUGUCCAUGAUGUAGCAGCAUUAUUGAAAGAGUUCCUGCGGGACAUGCCAGAUCCUCUUCUCCCCAAGGAACUCUACUCAGCCUUCAUCAACACCAUGACCAUGAAGCAGAAGGAACAGCUCUCUGUCCUCCAGCUGCUGAUUUAUCUGUUACCUCCAUGUAACUGUGACACAUUACUCCGAUUGCUUGAGUUGCUGUCAAAGGUAGCAAGCCAUGCCCAUGACUCGCUUGGAGAAGAUGGACAAGAGAUGACUGGAAACAAAAUGACUGUCGUCAAUCUGGCUACCAUCUUUGGUCCAAACCUCCUUUAUAGGGAGAUACAGUCUGAGAAAGACUACAGUGUGCAGGCAGCACAAGUAGAGGAAAGCUCCGCAAUCAUUGGGGUCAUUCAAAAGAUGAUUGAGAACUACUCAACCCUCUUUGUAGUUUCUCCAGAGUUCCAGCAUGAAGUGUUAAUGAGUUUGAUGCAAACGGACAAUGAUGUUGUUCACUAUCUCCUACGCAGAAAGCUGAAAUACCAAUUGGGUUCCAAUGACGAAAGUGAGAGAUUUGCAAAGGCAGAACGCCAUUGCUCAAAGUCUACAUGUGACUCCUGCAGCUCCAUAAGUGGCGACCACACACCAAUGAACAUUUCACCCAGCUUCUGUGAAAGCCCAUCUGUGAAGGACGAGAAGGAGAUGAGCUCAGGUUCAGAGUUGUUUAAAGUACCUGAAGCACUGUCAUUCUUUGGAAAGCAUGGAAAGGCCUUUUCUACUGAAUCUCUAAAAGAUUCAUUUGAAGAGACUGGGGAGGAAUGGUCUUUUGGUCAACGGAGAGCAUCUCAUUCACAGGAGAACCUUACAACAACACUUCUUUUGGAACCAACAAAAGGUUUUGUGCAAGAUGUAGAGUGGAGGACACAAAACACAACUUUAAUUCCAAUGAACAGAUCUCCAGAUGUAUCUUUAGCAACCAGUUCCCAACCACUCUACAACAGACAUCAGAUGCUCACAAGUCUUAAUUGCACUCGAUUCCUCACAGGCAGCACUGAAGAAUUAAAAAAGAAUACAAAAGCAACGACUAAGCUAAGAAGAGUACGUUCAGAUCUUCAUUCUAAAUGUGGAAGUCCUAUCUUACAUUCAUGUACUGAUAAAACAGGCAGAAACUUUAAAAAGUUCAGUGAAGUUGCUAGCUCACCUGACAAUGAACAUUUGAGAAAAUUUCUAACUACUGAGUCUGGCUUCAUUCCUGAGGCAUCUAAGAGACGUGAGGCACUACCGAAUGAGAAAAAUAGGGAGGAAAUGGAAGCUAAAGUGUGGGUGAAAAGGGCCAGUGAAGCUUAUUCUCCAAACAAAACACAGAGACAACAGCAACUUCAGCAUUGUAAAUUCAAAGAUGAGCAGAAAAAAAAUUCUCUUCGUGAAACUGCUGUGUGAUUUGAGAAAUUUCCCAUUCAUUGAACACCUCCAAAAGGAAGUUGCUUCAGCACUUCUGGGAAUAAUUUUGACACCAUUAUUUCAUGCUGAUAGUUAGAUUUUAGACAUUGUGUAAGACUUGUCUGAUUUGCUAAUCUCAAAUCUGGCUAUUAUUUCCCUGUUAGGAAACACUACCGACAGUAUUGUUGAUUUUCCCCUUGUUGCCACCAGCAGUUGUCUCUGUGUAGAUAUUUAGGUUUAGCGAAACUGAAAUGUUUAUAUUUUUAUGCAUUUGUACUUUAUUUAAAAUGAGUGAGGAUGUUUCUCAGUCUGUCUUGUUAGCCUGUACUAAGUCCUUGAAUAAUUAACACUCAAAGGAAUGUUCAGGCCUUGUGGGAUUGUAGGAAUGAGAACACAGAGAAAAGGCAUUUUGAAUUCUGAACUCUGCUCUUUACAUGCAUUGUACAAUUUGUUCUAUAAUGGGCUUUACCAAGUUUAUUUAUUCCAGUCUCUUGAGGACAGGUUUUGCAAAAAUCUGCCCUCAACCCUUUGAAGUAAACUAGCAAAACUCCAGAAUUAUGCCUUCCUUAUAUCUAUUGCAAUGAAUUCAUAAAUUUCUAAUGUUUAUAAAACACAUUAAAUCGUUUUGCAUUGGUUAGCUUAGUGGAUGGUGCUGACUUUGUUGGUGUUUAUGGACCAGUUCACGAUAAGGGAGCAUUCCAUUCCUAAAUUGUGCCUCAGAUCUUACUUUUCCUCCUCGUGUUGGACUGAUAUAAUCUAAGAGUUGGUGGAUUAAAACAUUUCCUUUUCCACUGUAUGCAAUGCAUUUAAAUCCAACACUGAUGAUGAGAUGAGUGUUUCCUCUUUGCUUGAUGUGAAUAUCCUAUCCUAACUAAUCUUAGGCCAAGAUCGACCUAGUUGCUAUUGAGUACUGGAACACAGUCCAUCCAUAAUAUGGAACUGGUUAGUAGAAACACUGCUAUGUGAAAUGGAAAUGUCACUGGAGAUUUGAUCCUGAAAAUGGUUGUUUUCAAAGCUCGAGCUUUAAUAUCUGUCAUCUUGGUAAGCACAAAGUACCAGCUAAAUAUACAAUAAGUGCUCCUCUUUAUUUUACAAAUAUUUCAAAUUAAAUCUUCCUAUCAUCCUGGACAUUCCUCUAAUUGGUUAGAAUAUUCCAUUGCAUCAUAAAAUGCAAUGAUUCCUUCUGAAUCUUAGUAAGAUUUUAUUGAGUGUUAUUUGUGUUCAAAUCAUGUUUACAUAUUGCCUGUUAUUGUCAAGAUUUAGUUCAGUGCUUUCAUUUGUACCAGAAACAUGAUAAUUUCUUUGUCAUGUGGAUUGUGAUUUUCAGACUUUUCAUUGCUUCAAACUUGCUGUGAUACUUGUACAUCAGUAUAUUGUGGUAAAUUAAAUCGACAUUUCAGCUUGAAAUAAGAAAUGAUUAUGCCAGGUCAGUUAAUAGUUGAAAUUACAGAUUCGAAAGAAAUGUCCAUUGGAAUUUGCUGAUGUGAUUGUUCCUUUGGUUUUAUUAAAAAGUAAAGGUUGUUCGAUAUAGGGUGAUGGCAUGGCAAAUCUUGACAUCUACCGAAACCUAUACAGUGGCAGCUCUACUUAAUACAGGUUUCAUUUAGCUCGUCAUGUUUUCUCCAUGUGGGUGUGUACUAAUAUUUCGAGGUUGCAUAAAGUUUGAUUCCUUUAUUAUGUCUACAGAAAACCAAAAACUUUCAUAAAGGGAUCAUUCGGGGCAGGUGAUGGCCUUAUAGUAUUAUCAGAGGAGAAAGUGAGGACUACAGAUGCUGGAGAUCAGAGCUGAAAAUGUGUUGCCAGAAAAGCGCAG